AUGUCCAAGUCUCGGGCACAAUGUUUGAACGAGGCGUGCAACGCCAGACUUCAUAGCUGGCUUUCUACCUGCGACCUAGCACCCACAAGCAGCUCAAGGUGUACUCCCUGGGCGUCCUCUUCAUACAACGACGAUCGUCCAUUAUCUUGCGUGAACACAUUCGAACGCCCAACUGAAUACAAGCUUCCUGACGGGCUUGAACCGCAAGUCAAGGCCGACCCGAUUCUGAGUCUUCGCUCGUAUAUGUAUGCUGUUGGUGUCGCAGCACUACGCUCUCUGUCCGGAGACAGGACUGAGCCGCUCAUACGCUUCCUCCUUCCUCUAGCCCAUUGA